AUUAUCCACAGUCGUGCGCCGGCGGCCGACGAAAGAGGACUGGUGGAUUACGAACGGACGGAGAAAUUGGUGCGUGCGCAGUGCGCGGAGUGUGGACGGCACUAGGACACGGGACGCUGCUAAAGGUUAGAUAAAUGGUGAAAGCCUGGCGUAAGCCAUGUACAAUCUGAACGUGAACGUGAAUCCCAGCCCAACCGGGGCUGCGGGUCUUCUCGGUGUCACGGCGGCGGCAGCCGAGGUCACGCCAAGGACACCGGAAAUCGUAAACUCGCUGAUCGCCAUGACCAAUCCCUUCGAGGGCUACGGCAGCGGUAACGAGAAGGGCAUGCGGGAUCGCACGGACUCGACUAGUAGUGGCGAGCCGAGCCCGCCCAGCGUCCAGCACACCUGUAGUCAGCUUAUCAAGGAAGGGCUGAAGCUGACACUGCAGACGAAAAGGCGGGCGAAUAGCAGUGGCGAUGACAGCAAAAAGAAGACGAGAAAGGAAGAUGGCAGCGGCGCCGACGACGAGGAAGAGGAUGAGGUGAGCAACAACAACAACAAGAAUAGUCUGACACCAGAGGACGAGGAACGACGACGACGGAGACGCGAGCGCAACAAGAUCGCGGCGACCAAGUGCCGGCUGAAGAAGCGGGAGAAAACGGUGAUUCUCGUGCAAGAGUCCGAGAUCCUCGAGACGCAGAAUCACGAUCUGAAGUCCCAGAUUCAAGAAUUGGAGACUCAGAGGCGCAGGCUGGUCGAUAUGUUGAGCCUCCACAGUCCAACUUGUUUGAAGCAGGGCAUAGACACGACAUCUUACCAGCAGUACGCCGAGCCCCUUCAGCUGCCAAGCUAUCAGGAGAACUUCGUGCAACAACCUCCGCCGGCUCUGAAUCAGCCGCAGAACUGUGUGACCGAGUAUCCAGUGAAGGUCGAGGAAUACGAAACCGAUUUUUAUCGACAAGGUAGCCCCUUUGUGCCGACAACGUCGGAUGCUGGUUGCACAGUUUAGCAAAACGGCGAAUAUCGUUUUUUUCACCGUUUCUUUUGAAGGAGAGAGGAUCGUCGAGAAGCUCGGAAAGCGUACAUAAUAAUUUUUUGAAGACUCGAACGUAUAAAAUUGAUACUAUAAUUGGUUUUUACCAAUAUUAAUCUAAUUUUGCCUAAAUGAUGUGGAAUUUUAAAAAUUGUCUAAG